AUGAAUUGUGUACCAUUCACAUCUGCCCCGAUUGAUGUAAUUAUAGGAAUCGAUCAAUAUUCGUUCAACGUCAAAGCGAAUCAACCAUUCCAAGGAAUCAAGAAUAUCCCCACUGGACACAUACAUGUUAUUCAUUUUCAACAUGCAGAUGAUUCCAGUAUGAGGUAUGGUUACUGGUUUGACUGUAGCAUGGGAAAUUUCUACGUUUGGUACAAUGACAGCGAAGGUCUUUUUCGAAUGAAAGAAGAAUUGGAUGAUGCGAAAUUCGAGAAUAUUGUUCACGACUUCGAAGAACGGCAAGCGAUGGUUUCUUACCCGAGAAUUGACGAAGAUGAUACAUGGUAUAAACUUAUCGAAUUUGUUCAGGUGGACAAAAUCCGAGAAGUAGUAAGACAAAAGGAGAAUCAGUUUUUUUACGUGGAUUCUUCGAUGACCACAGUGCAAGAAAAUGAGCUUUUAAAAUUCAGUUUGCAAAAAGCUGGUUCUAAAAUGGAAAAUGGGGAUGAUGAAGAUCCCGCGGAUUGUUUAAACUAUACAAUAACUAAUUUCAAAUCUAGAGAAGCAAUAAGACCUGGUCAUGAAAUGGAGGACUUCUUGGACAAGUCCUAUUACUUGAACACUGUAAUGCUCCGAGGAGUUUUCCGUAAUUCGUAUAAUAAUUACUUUGGAGAACUGCAAUUUGCAUUCUUAAAUGCGAUGUUCUUUGGUAACUAUGGGUCGAGUUUGCAAUGGCAUGCAAUGAUUGAACUGAUAUGUUCAAGCUCUGCUGUGCCUAACUGCAUGCUCGAUAGAUUAGACGAAGUCUUGUAUUUCCAGGUAAAGACCUUACCAGAGCAGUAUUCAGAUAUAUUAUUGAAUGGACGAGUUUGGAAUACUUGUCUAUACUCCUCUUUCCAGAAAGAUCUUCUGCCCAAUACUAAAGGAAUGAUGGAAAAGAAAUAUCCAGAACUAGUUGGUGAAGAUAACGAAGAUGAGUUUACUGUUAACGAUCUCGGUGAUGAAGAAAAUGACAACGCUGAUGAUGAAGAUGAUGAAUUCAAACCUACCAUUGUCGGUGGUGUUUAUUAUCAAAAAUAA